AUGUGCCUUCAUGACCUAAAAGCCUUGAGCAAUAAUAUGACUAUGACUAUCAAGCCUCCUAAAAAGUUGGCAGAAAGCAUGACCAAAGAAGAGGAGGCAGGAAUUACUCCAGUCAACGCAGAUGAUUCAACUUGGAUUUUGACUGCUUCGUUUGUGAUAUUCACAAUGCAGACUGGUUUCGGACUUUUAGAAUCUGGUGCUGUUUCCAAAAAGAAUGAAGUUAAUAUUCUAAUGAAAAACGCCGUUGAUGUGGUUCUGGGCGGACUUUCUUACUGGAUGUUCGGUUACGGUCUUGAAUACGGUACAGGACCAGGAACAUCUGCCUUCUGCGGGGUUGGUUUAUUCAUGGUAGAUACCGAAGACAACGAUGGUGGUGUCUUCGCUACUUUCAUUUUCCAGUUAUCUUUCGCUACAACUACUACAACUAUAGUAUCAGGUGCAAUGGCUGACUUCAAUGCCUACAUAUUGUUUUCUUUUGUCAACACCAUCACUUACUGCAUACCAGCCGGUUGGAUGUGGGGUGACCAUGGCUUCUUGAAAAAAUUAGGAGAUUUUGCCGGUUCAUGUGCUGUGCAUUUAACUGGAGGUGCCCUUGUGGCGGCUAGUAUGUUAAAACCGAGACUACACAGAUAUGAUCAAAGUACUGCAUCAUUAGCUAUGGGUGACCCACGAAAUGCUAUAAUGGGACUGUUUACUUUGUG